ACCAUGGAUCAUCUGACUCCCAAAUUGAAAGACGAAGUCAAGAAAUUGCUCAAUACUACGCUUAUCACAACAGUUGUGGCCAUCUCGGUGUCACGACCGACCUCAGUCUCAGCCGCAAUCGCAUCAGAAUCCGAUUCAGCAUGUCUGGAGCAGCCGAGUUGUCUUCACGCGGCGGAUUCGGGGAAAAUGACUAGAAUCGCGGAGAGUGAGGAAGAGGAAGAGUCGGAUAUGGCGGGAGAUUCGGAGUCGGAGAUGGAGGAUACAGAGGAGGAGGAGGAAGAUGAGACGAGGAAGAAGCGGAGGAAAGGGGGAGAAGUAUCGCCGGUGGUGAAGCGGCUGAGGGAGGAGGCAGCGCGUGUAUUGGAGGACGUUGGGAAGAGCGCUUGGGAAAAGAAGGAGUGGUGGAGCGAGGAAGAGAGGAAGUUUGGGUAUGAGUGGGAGGCGGUGGAGAUGGAGAAGCAGAGGAUGAAGUGGAUGAGACAUCGGAGCAAGAAGGAGAGAGAUAUGGAGAAGGCUAAGCUCGAGAACCAGCAACGGAGGCUUGAGGCGGAGAGGAUGACUACAGAUGAAGUUUAUGCUCAAGUCUCUCUUCUUCUUGAGUCUGAGGUGAGUAUUUUCUCUAGACUCGAAUCCUGGUUUGGAAUACUACUCGGGCACAGAGAAUAUGAGUUUGAUUUAUCACAAGACAUUGAGAGGAAAGUGUGUGAGGGAGUUAUAUAUGUUGAUGGUGGAGAGGAAGAUUAUGAAGUGCUCAAGAGGUCAAAUACUCCUCACAUGUUGUGCAAAACCCUCAUUGCUUCUGAUAGCUGCACCCAUAGAGGCUUCUCUGUUCCUCGCCGUGCAGCCGAGGAUUGCUUCCCUCCUCUGAUAAAACCUGCUGCCGAUGGGAAAAAAGAUCCAACGAAUAAGAAAUCUGUUCCUGGUUUCUGACUUUUGUCUUGCAAGAUCAGCUCUUGACUGGAAAACUCACAUCACCACUCGAAUUAUUGGAACAAUUAUCCUCCAUGGUGGAUCUCAUUUGUUUAAAUAGGAAAAAAACCCUAUUCUUUUGAUUAUUGCAGAAAUUGUAUCGAAAACUUAUUUGGAUUUUAUCAAAUGAUGUAUUAAUUAUGUAUAAAUAUUUAAAAAGAGCUUUUAAAUCUUUAUAAUAACUAAAUCUUAUAUAUUAUUUGA